AGCAGCAACUCUAAAAAUAUGCAUCGAAGGCACACAACCCUUCGGGAGAAAGGCCGGAGACAGGCUAUCCGAGGCCCAGCCUACAUGUUUAACGAGAAGGGCACCAGCCUGACCAUGGAGGAAGAACGCUUCCUGGAUUCUGCGGAAUACGGCAACAUCCCUGUGGUGCGGAAAAUGCUGGAGGAGUCCAAAACCUUGAACUUUAAUUGUGUUGAUUACAUGGGACAAAAUGCCUUGCAGCUCGCAGUGGGGAACGAGCACUUGGAAGUGACUGAACUCCUUCUGAAAAAGGAGAAUCUGGCUCGAGUUGGAGAUGCGCUGCUGUUGGCCAUCAGUAAGGGAUACGUGCGCAUUGUGGAAGCAAUAUUGAACCAUCCAGCCUUUGCACAAGGGCAGCGUCUCACACUAAGCCCCCUUGAGCAGGAACUACGUGAUGAUGAUUUUUAUGCUUAUGAUGAAGAUGGAACUCGGUUUUCUCAUGACAUCACCCCCAUAAUACUCGCUGCUCAUUGCCAAGAGUAUGAAAUUGUUCAUAUCUUGCUUCUGAAAGGGGCACGGAUAGAAAGGCCCCAUGACUACUUCUGCAAGUGCAAUGAAUGUGCUGAGAAGCAGAGGAAAGAUUCCUUCAGUCACUCUCGAUCGAGAAUGAAUGCCUACAAAGGAUUAGCAAGUGCUGCUUAUUUGUCUCUUUCUAGUGAAGACCCUGUUCUUACUGCUUUAGAACUAAGCAAUGAAUUGGCAAGACUAGCCAACAUUGAAACUGAAUUUAAGAAUGAUUACAGGAAGUUAUCUAUGCAAUGCAAGGAUUUUGUUGUGGGUGUACUGGAUCUCUGCAGGGACACAGAAGAAGUGGAGGCUAUUCUGAAUGGAGAUGUGAAUAUAAAAGUGUGGCCUGAGCAUCACCGCCCAAGCCUGAGCAGAAUUAAACUUGCCAUUAAAUAUGAGGUCAAAAAGUUUGUUGCUCAUCCCAACUGUCAGCAGCAACUGCUCACCAUGUGGUAUGAAAAUCUCUCAGGCUUACGUCAGCAAUCUAUAGCUGUGAAAUUCUUGGCUGUCUUUGGGGUCUCGAUAGGCCUUCCUUUCCUCGCCAUAGCAUACUGGAUUGCUCCCUGCAGCAAGCUGGGACGGAUCCUCCGAAGCCCUUUCAUGAAGUUUGUGGCACAUGCAGUUUCUUUUACAAUCUUCCUCGGACUGUUAGUAGUGAAUGCCUCAGACCGGUUUGAAGGAGUGAAAAAUCUUCCCAACGAGACCAUCACGGAUCACCCCAAACAAAUAUUUAGAGUAAAAACUACUCAGUUCUCAUGGACAGAAUUGCUAAUCAUGAAGUGGGUUUUAGGUAUGAUAUGGUCAGAAUGCAAAGAAAUCUGGGAAGAGGGUCCACGCGAAUAUGUCAUGCAUCUUUGGAACCUGCUGGAUUUUGGGAUGCUAUCUAUCUUUGUGGCAUCAUUUACUGCAAGAUUCAUGGCUUUUCUCAAAGCAACUGAAGCACAACAGUAUGUAGACCACUACGUUCAGGAUGAUGACCUCAGUAAUGUCACCCUUCCCCCUGAAAUUGCUUACUUUACUUAUGCCAGGAACAAGUGGCUUCCCUCAGACCCUCAGAUCAUAUCAGAAGGACUAUAUGCAAUAGCUGUGGUACUCAGCUUCUCCCGCAUUGCUUACAUUCUUCCAGCCAAUGAAAGCUUUGGCCCUCUUCAGAUCUCUUUGGGAAGGACUGUGAAAGAUAUCUUCAAAUUCAUGGUCAUCUUCAUCAUGGUGUUUGUUGCCUUCAUGAUUGGAAUGUUCAACCUUUACUCUUACUACCUUGGUGCAAAAUAUAACCCAGCAUUUACAACGGUAGAAGAAAGUUUUAAAACCUUAUUCUGGUCAAUAUUUGGCUUGUCUGAAGUGAUAUCAGUGGUGCUGAAGUAUGAUCAUAAGUUCAUUGAGAAUAUUGGAUAUGUACUCUAUGGAGUUUAUAAUGUUACCAUGGUGGUGGUGCUGCUCAAUAUGUUAAUAGCCAUGAUCAACAACUCCUAUCAGGAAAUUGAGGAGGAUGCAGAUGUGGAGUGGAAAUUUGCUCGUGCCAAGCUCUGGUUAUCAUACUUUGACGAAGGAAGGACUCUGCCUGCUCCUUUUAAUCUAGUGCCAAGCCCUAAAUCAUUUUAUUAUCUCAUAAUGAGAAUAAAAAUGUGCCUCAUAAAACUCUGCAAAUCUAAGGCCAAAAACUGUGAAAAUGAUCUCGAGAUGGGUAUGCUGAAUUCCAAGCUACGGAAAGUUCGUUUUCAGUCAAGAGCUCGAAAUUCAGAAAAUUUUACUGUGAAGAAGGCUUAUAACAAGCCCACGAGAUAUCAGAAAAUAAUGAAGCGUCUUAUUAAGCGAUAUGUCCUGAAGGCUCAGGUUGAUCGAGAGAAUGAUGAAGUUAAUGAAGGAGAACUUAAAGAGAUUAAGCAAGAUAUUUCCAGUCUCCGCUACGAGCUUCUAGAAGAAAAGUCAGAAGCUACUGGAGAGUUAGCGAGACUAAUACAGCAGCUGAGUGACAAGUUUGGGAAGAACUUAAAUAAGGACAUUUGAUGGCGAACAAAGAGAAAGAGAACUAGUUUUCUAAACAUUAUCUGAUAUUUCAACCAGCAUUUUAAGGGAGCAAAAACAGUGCAAGAGAUGGGUACUGAGCCCUCAACUUUUGCCAUCUAACAAGUAUUGGUAAGGGCCUUGUGCAUUAGAAUAUGUUUUUGGGUGAAGCCAACAAUCAGUUAAUAUCUUUACAAUAUAAAGGUGACAUUUUGGUAUAAAACGAGGCCAUUGACAUCAGAAAUAAAUGCACCAUCUCCAAAGGAUAAUCAUGCUUAUAUUAGAUACCCAAAGCUCAUUUUAAAAAAGGGAAACAGUCAAAUCCUCAACUGGCAUGAAUCAGCAUAGUUCCAUUGAAGUCAAUGGAGCCAAACUGAUUUAUAUCAACUGGAGAUCUGACCCAUUACAUCUAUGACUUAGAUCUGGGUGAACCCUGCAAAAAAAUAUUCCACGAAUAUUCAUUAAAACUUUUAAACAGAUUCACCUUCACUUAGAGGUGUGCACUCCUUUUGUGCUUGCUUUCCAUGGACGCCCAUGAAAUUGAGUUAGAAUAGCACUGAGGUUAAUGGAAAGCAAAUAUGAAAACGCAUAGUAAAAUAUAGUGAAUUGCUUUCCUAUGAGGAUUUAUACUAGAAACAUCAUUUGAGGCCAAUCACAGUGAGGCAACUCAGUUCAGAUUUUGAAUGUCAAAUGGCAAGCCAUAGCAUCAAUGAAAUUCACAAAGAAUGUUGCUGAAUGGUUUCACACUAUGAAUACAUUUAGGGGGGAAAAAGCUCAUCUCAAGCUGGCUGAGGACAUUCUGUCAAGAAAAAAGGAGAAUUUGUCAAAAAAGGAUUUGCUAGGAGUUCUUUACUCAGCCAUAGUAAAGAAAACCAGGGAGAAGUUUUAAAAAUAAAAUCAAUUUACAAGCUGCAGUGGUACAGAGUCCUCCGGUUGUAUACUUACAAGAGAAAAGUUCAGAACAUGAUGCAGCUGAAAACUCAGCUGCUUGUUUAUUUGGUGUUUUAAGCUGCUCCAAGCACACCUUAUUACUUUGGAAACACUAAACUGUACUGUUUGUUUACAAGGUGCACCUAGGAGAAGACCAUUACAUUUAGAUAUCAGCUAAGAAAAAUAAGCAGAAUCAGAAGGUGACCUGUGAUCAGUUCUUAAGUGCCAGAUGAGAACACAGAAAACCUAGUAGAGUAAUAGUUAUAUUUGUAAAAAAAAUAAAAGAAAAACAAAAAGAAAAAAGUGUACUGUAG